CUACUUGUGCGACGUCGACGCCUUUACGUUGGCGAGGGGACGAAUGGGAUAUUUGAAAACAUUUUUUUUGUCGCCGAUACGUCCGCUCUGGUCCGCUCCGAGCUCCCCCCUCCAGCGCCGUCCACCUGCCACACGCAGAGCUGGCAGAGCAAUCGCGAGCGGACACGAGGCGUGACGAAGCGCAGGCUGUCAAUUAUACACACGUUUGACACACAUGACCGUAUUGCGCGGCGAUCUCAAAACAUGAUAGAAUAGCCGUGAAAGAUGUGGGAAAACUACUGGGGCGUCUACAAUGCACUGUGGUGCGUGUUGACCGUCAGCCUUCUCGUCCACGGGCACGACUUUCGGCACUUCGACGACACAGUGAUCUUCAAGAUAUCCUGGCCCGGGAAGGGCGAGCUGUUGGAGACCCGGCCGAACACGGAGCCGUACGUCGUGACCACCGCGAACAACGAGCAGUACAGGUGCAUGAUCCCGGACGCGACCGAGCCGGAGCCGGAUUACAGCGAGACGUACGACGGGCCGAAUCCGAUUGAGCUUCUGCAGCCAAUAUUCGCGCAGAACAGCUGCUCCUACAGGCUAGAGUCAUAUUGGACCUACGAACUGUGCCACGGCAGAUACGUACGGCAGUACCAUGAGGAGAGAGAAGGGAAGAAGAUCAGGAUGCAGGAGUAUCACCUUGGUAAGCUGGACAAGGCGCAGAAGACGAAGCUCUCGACCUAUUACGACGAGCAAACGAAGAAUCCGAACAGGAAGCUAAAUAUACCCAUCAAGAAGGUCGACGGGCUGAAUCUGCCAUACGUCGAGGUCGAGAUGACCGACGGCACCAUGUGCGACUUGAACAGCAAGCCGAGGCUCAUCAGGGUGCUGUACGUCUGUUACAAGCACGGUAAACACGACAUAUAUUCUCUGAAGGAAACCAUGUCCUGCGAAUACGAGGCGGUCGUGCUGUCGCCGGUAUUGUGCAGCCAUCCCGAUUACAAGCCGCUGGACACCGGGGAGAAUCAGAUCAAGUGCCAGCCCGUGGACAAGGCGCCUGAGAAACCGCGGUCGCUCAUGGCGAUGGAGCUCGAAAGUCAAAGGAUGCGGCACCAAGCGAGGGAAGACAAGCCGCAGAAACUGUAUGCAAUCUUCCAUGUAGUAAAGGAGGGCCAGGACGGCGACCAAAGAGUGAGGGUCGAGAUACACCCACUGGAUAUUCCGGAUAAGCACAGUAAUAUCGACGAAUCUAUCAACGCGCUGCAGACUGAUCAGAAUGUCAGUCCCGCCGAAGUCAGUCCUGUUCAGAAUUUUCUAAGCGGAAAGAACUGCCUGCACGGAGGCAACGGUUGGUGGAAGUACGAGUUCUGUUACGGACGUUCUGUCGUUCAGUACCACAUAGAGAAAGAUGGCACAAAGACAAUCGUCAAUCUCGGUAGAUUUGAUAAACAGAAGCACUUGGAUUGGAUCGCCGCGCAUCCACACAAGAAACCCAAGCCGUUAGAAUUAAGGAAACACCUCUCGCACUUUUACAGCGACGGAAGUAGCUGCGAUAAGACUGGGACUUCUAGGCAAACCGAAGUAAAACUGAAAUGCGUGGAGGACCAUACUGCUAGUCCAUCUAGUGUAUCGUUAUUUUUACUGGAACCAAAAACAUGUGAAUACGUUUUGGGAGUCGAAUCACCGCUGAUCUGUGAUAUCUUAGAAUACGCCGACGAAAAUGGACUUCUGAGCGACAAGUUCGAAGCGAAUUUCGAUAAACUGAAGUCUAUGGCCUUGCACGCGGAACAGGACAAUUUAGAUGAGCGAAUAGCCAAUGGGGACGAUUAGAGCAAUGUUGAUUAAAACUCGCCAAAGGCAUCAUUGUUUAAAUAUUGCAAUUAUAAAAAUGUUCAUGGUU